CGAAAGCUUCAGUUCCGAGGUGCGCUGCGAACCACUGCGGAGGCGAUAGUUUCUUCUUCCGCCUUUGAAACCCACCAAAAACCCGAACGGAUGAGUCACGCAGAGCUUAGUGUACGCGUUAGUGCGAAACGAACUGAGAGUUGGUCAUUGAAGUGAAGUGAUUAUUGGGCGUUAGUUGGGCAGCGUGGAACGCAGCCUCGCCUAGAUAAACUUUUAUCUCGUGCCAUUGACCUUUCGACGGAGCCGCAGACGGGGUACACAAUUUCGGGAGGCUUCGAUAGCUAGGAAAAUGGUGAUCGUUAAGGUGGGCCUUCUGCCAGUGGUGAUACUGGCAGCCCUGGGUCUUCCGUACGCCCUGGCAUGCCAAGGGAAGUGCGAUCGGUACGAGUACUGUGACACGCACGGCAACAAAUGCCUGCACUGUGAGCAGCUUUGCGUAAAGGACGAUUACGGCUGUUUCCACAACUGCCACGACUACAUGCUAAAGGUGUUGCAGCGUGAAGUUUCAUCGCUGCAGACGACUAUUGUGACCCUCCAAAUUAUGCUGCUCGUCGCGGUGGCGGUACUGGUGUUCCUCGUCGUGGUCUGGUUGGGGUACCGGCGCAAGCAUAAGCUGCUCGAGUGCCUACGUUGGCGACCCCACGACAAGGCGGCCUCCAAGUCACCGGGCUCGGCCGGACCCGUCGCGUACACGCACGAAAAUCCCAACACCAAAAGCCCCCGGUUGGGCCCCAAGAGUGGCGGUGGACCCGUGAAACAGCAGCCCACAUCCACCACUGUCAGCAUCUACCCGGACACGGAAGCGGACCACUCGGUGCAAACGGGGACUACCUCGGUCAGCAACCGGCACCCGGCGGAAGAUUCCACCGAGAGCUACUCGUAUGACAAUGCGGGCCUCAACGUUACCCCGACCAGUAUUCUGCCAAAGCCCAAGUACUAGGCCCGAACGGAGGAUCCUGCGUUUUACGUGACACUUUCGUACUUAAGCCCGUGUUUCCAUGAAGCAUAUCCACGUUUACUUCACUCCCUUCACGAUCGUGUAGGCACUUCCGCUCAGUUCUAGUCUAGUUACGGUGUGGUGCGCGCACACAAACGGUGGAUUUGAGGUGGUUUUAAACGAGGACUUUGGCAUCGGAUCCAUCUAUCAGAAACGUAGCCUUGACAAAAAGUAUUACCUAUAGGAGCAUAGCCUUAUCACGAAUCUCGUAGUGCGUAGGUAAUGACCACUCCAAUGCUUCGAUUCCACGAUCUAGUUGAUCUUCUUUUAAUCAAACGGACGAGGUGGACCGUGUUGUCAUUUCGAACUUUUAUUUUUUCUAUUUUAUUAUCGUUUUUAGCUAGAGUAAAUCGUGAACCGACCCUUUGUGCGUUCACUCGCGCCUCGCGUGCGCCAUUUUCGAGUCUACAUUCACACGCGUUAGUAAUAGAACAAGUAGAGCGGCAGAGCUACCCCGCGGGAGGAUAAUUGACUAUACGUUCCAUUUGCCGUAGACAGUGCUAGGGCCAGCUAGGGUUGAAGGUAGGGGAAGAAGGCGCGAGACACCGGUUUGCAUAGCAAGUCGGUCCGCAACAUCCGUCCGAUCAAUAUAGUAACGUAAUGUAAUGUCCCUACGAACUGAAACGAGGAGAUGCGUUUUCACUCAAUUUUAUCACCUUCCUCACGCUCCUAAUGGAUAA